AUGGGGGAAUCAGUCAAUCAUGAGGAUUCAUCAUUUCCUCUUACGGCUACAGAUAGAUGGGUUUUGUCACAAACGGAUGAAGAAUUCAAAUUACAUGAUUGGGAUGACUUAAAAGAGAUCAUAGCGACAAAUAACCUCUCAAUCCUCAAACGAAAACCUUCGGACCUACGUCGAUACAUAUCCUGGUCUGCAGCUACCAAAUCUGAGUAUGGAAGUAUGAUGAAUUAUAUCCUCCAACAUCGACUCCCAUGGGGCUCUCCACCAUUUACCUAUAUUUCCUCAGUCCCCUUCAAAACUCCAUCGGAUUAUAAGAUUCUACUAAAUGACUGGCCGUAUGGUCUCUCCAAGGAUGUUACUCAUUUCGUAGUGUGGUCUAAAACACCCAUCGCUACCGACAAUGAGAAUGGAGACGUCACGGAUGAGAGCAGAAGAAUCAUUGAAGAUUUUGUGAAUGGGACAUUUGGUGAUCGGUUGAGUGGCAACAAUCGAGUAAUGUGGUUCAAAAACUGGAUCGCAUUGCAGAGUGUAAGGGCUCUAGAGCAUAUCCAUGUCCUAGUCAGAGAUGUCCAGAAAGAUGAUAUUAAGUUCUGGACGGAAAACAAGGUAUAA